UACGGAAGCCUGACCCGUAAGCUAAUGGUUGCCUCGUUUUGUUUUUAGGGUACAAGCUGAUGUGAUUUCUCGCAGGGGCGGUGACGUAAAAUCUAAAAUUCACUACUUAAAGGGAACGGUUCUCGGGCGAUACUGGUUAAUGAACUAAGCACACCUCCAUUGGGAUUUGACGACCGUUACGUCGUGCUCGAUGUGAUGGUUGUUGCUUUGAUUGUUGUACGUAGCCUAGCAUGUUUCCUUAGUUAACAGUGCGAUUUAACGACGAUUAAACAUCCAUGAAACCGACAGACUCGGAUGAAGAUGAAGCAGAGCACCCAAGCUCCAUGCAGAAGGAGCUGAGGCGUAUGUUAAUGUUUUGUCGUGCUACGUUUGCUAACCUGUUUGAAUGGGCAGCUCAAGAGAGCGUCGUUGGAUGGUUAGUUAGCACAUAGUAAGAUGAAACCGACUUGGUGUGUUAAAUUUAUGCCGCCAGAGCCCAAUAGAGCAUUAUCUCUAUAGAGCGGGCCAACCAAAGCAUCCAGCAUCUGAGCAGUGCUCCGCUGCAGCUGGACCCUGAUGGAGAUGAGGUGGAGGAGGUCAGAGGUGGUGAUGAAGACCAUUAUACAACCAUGGCCGAAGAGGACAAGGCUGCAUGGAACCAAAAGUCACAGAGUGAAGCAGUUAAUCAGCUGAAGAGCCUUCUGCUGAAGCAGGGCAGAGAAAUUCCCACACCUGUCUCCCCUUCCAAGAAACAGUCUCCAUCCAAGGAGGGGAUGUCCAGUUUACCUGCCUUUCAGGAUUUGGUUCCUGUAUUUCACAAGUCAGAAUACAUCCAACAUCUGGAAGCUGAGGUUAAAUUCUGUAAGGAGGAGCUGCAGGGAAUGAAACAGCGGAUCAGAGUAGUGGUGGUGGAAAAUGAGAAGUUACGUUCAGAACUGAAAGCCGAAGCUGUGGAUGAAUCCCUAAAAGAUUACACGAUCCGAAACUCCACGAUGAAUGAAGUCAUCGACAACAGCCACGUAGCCUCCAUUCGAGACCACAGUGUGCUACAGAAAGAAGAACACAACACAUGGAAAAAUGAGCUGGAAAAACUGAAGGUGAUCUACCAGGCCCAGAUGGAAAGCUUGGAGGCGCAGGUCAUCUCUCUCAGAAAGGAUCUGUCAGUCAGUCAGAAGGAGUGCGAGGAGGUGAAGCUUCGCCUGAGACACAGGGAGAAGCAGGCCGCAGAUGCACUGAAGGCUGAUGGAGCUCCUCGUGUGGCAGGAUUGUGCCUGAAGUGUGCACAGCACGAAGCUGUGUUGGCUGGGACUCACACAAACCUGCAUGUCCAGGCUAUUGACAGGCUCACAAAAGAGCGUGAUGAGUUACUGGUGGCUCUGCGUGCUGUGAGGACCAGUCAGCAAGAGACACAACAGAGGGAGUGGUCAGCCUGUCUCCAGGUCAAACAGGCUGUGGAGAUGGCAGAGGAAGCAAACCUGCAGAAAGCUAGGGUGGAGGUGCAGUGCGAGCAGUUGUCCAGGGAGCUGGCUCGACAGAGAGAACAGCUCGACCGAGACGCACACGGUUUGCAGCAGAGACUGGCUGAGGCCAGAGAGGAGGGCCGAGCAGAGGCCCGCAAACAAAAAGAGGAGCUGACGAAUAUAGUGUCUGGCCUUUCCCAGCGUGUCGCUGAGUUGGAAGGACAGCUAGACAGAGCUCUCAGAGACAAGAGUUCACUGACCAGUCAGCUGGAGGACACUCUCCGCACACUUACCAGCCAGGAACAAGAAAACACAAAGGUAUGUGUGGAUCUGAGAUAUCAGCUCAGCCAGGCCGCGCUGAAGAAACAGGAGGCUGAACGAGAGCUCAGAGAGCUCAACGCCAAGACCAGCAGACGGAUGGAAAAGGCAGCACAGGAAGUGGAAAGGCUGAGCUCAGAGCUGGUUGGCUGUCGGCAGCAUCUGGAGGCGGUCCAAAAGGAUGGGAGCCAAUGGCAGGCCGAAGCCCUGAGCCUAGCAGAACAGCUGGCAAAUGCCCAGCGCCAACUGCACCUCACCAGACAGGACAGAGAGGGUGCAGAUCGGGCUCACGAAGAGGAAAUGGCAUCUGUGACUCUUUCAGCUCGGGAAAGGGAGCGAGAGCUAACUGUGAUGCUGCAGCAAGCAGAAGCCGAACACCUGCAGAGAGUUGGAGAGUUGGAUGGUCUCCUGAGUUCCCAGAAUUCCCUCAUUGGGAGGCUGAAGGAGGAGUGCUGCAACCUGGGGACCAAACUGGAAGAGCUGGCUGAAAAAAGCAGAAGUGAGCUGGAACAGCUGGCAUUGGAGAAACAACACUUGGAGGAAACGGUGAAGAAUCUGAGAGCUCGCUGCUCGGAUAUGGAAGAACAGUGUGUCCAGCACGGUCGCAUGCACCAGCGCAUGAAGGACAGGCUGCAGCAGUUGGACCGUCACUGUCAGAGCAGCGCCCAGCAGGUGUGUGAGCUGCUGGCCAAACAGAACCAGCUGAUGCAGGAGAGAAACACACUGAGCGAGGAGAUGCAGAGCCUACGCAUCGAGGUACGAACACACAGAGGAGUGUGUGAUUGUGUGUGUGACUCACUGUUCUGAUACUAAAUGAAUUUGUAGUCGUGUCUUUUCUCUCUGGGAGCACGCUAAGAGUUGUCAGUUUACCAAGAAUAAAAACCAGUAAGAAGACAUUUGUCCCUUCAUGACUAAUGAUUCUGUCUGGUUCUGGAUUUGCUGAAAAACAUGUUGUCUGUAUUCUGCUGUGAUUCAUUAUCACAGGGUGUGUUUGUGCGCGCCUCUGUGUGUGUUCACAUACACUUCUCACUAUGUGUUGUGUGUUUGUCUUUCAAGCUGCCGAACAUGAGACGAACUGAGACUCUGUCCACAUGAGUCUGUCUCGCCGGUUUCCCUUCAUCGCUCCGUGGAUCACGAUGUUCUGUUCGUUUGUCAACAGGAAAACAAAUGUUGUUUACUUAGAGGAUAUUUAUGUCCUCUAUUCGGUAUUAAUGUGGAUUGUGUUCAUGUAACUGGGUUUUUUGUGGCAUUUUUUUGUCUCAUGACUGAGUGUAAUUAUGAUUGACAGGUCAAGUGAGUAUUCAAAGUAUGUUUUUUUUUUCCCCUCCCAGUUUAGAAUCCAUUUUAAUAAAUAAAAGCUCAGUCCACUAAUGAGCUUUCUGAAGUACUACUUCUUUAUAGAGAAAUGCUAACAUGAUGCACAACUCAAUGUCCAAUAGGAAGUGUCCUGGAUUAAAAACCGUAAAGAUCCUAAUCCAAACUUUACUUCCAUUACAGGAUUUUAUUUGCUGGGAAGCUUUGAGCAUAAAGUGCCUCUGUAAACCUCUGCCAUACUGGACAUAGACUUGAUUUGUAUUAAAGAUUGUUAUGAUGUGUGCAAAGCGCACCCCCAACACUCAUUUUGUGAGUUUUUAGUGAACACUGUUUUUUUGCUCCGUUUAGACUGAGCUGAAACUCCACAAAGCGAACAAAAAGUCGACACGAUGGCAGCAGAUUGACAUAGUGCUUUAUUGAAGCUGUCUGUAAGAAGGAAAAUAAUGUGCAUCCCUAUCAUAUACAUUUUAUGUGUAAAAAUACUAAGGAUGUACAGAGUAAAAAAAACAGCUUCAUGUUGAUGGUAAUUUGUUGUUUUCACAUCGUGGCGGGCUCACUGGCCAGCAGCUCUGCAUCUGCACGGAGCACAGAAAAAGGCAGUUUGAUCCGCUUUUCUGUGAAGCUCUCCAGAGUUUCCCCCAUGCCGUGUCAGAGUCUACGCCAUCUCUGUGCCUUCGACAAGAGCGGCGACGACCUCGGCCGCGCAGCGACUCGGGAAAACGCGGCCCACUCUGCCGAACAGCUGGAAGCUGUCCGCAAAUGUCUCAUGCAACUGUAAAGCUACAGUGGAUGGACAUGGCAUCAAAACCCAGUUAUACUGUGUAAUAUUUGUACAUGUUUGCUGUUUUGUUUUUUUUGUUUGCCGUUUAUAAAUAAAUGCAUCUCAUGCUUGUUUAUGUUAAAUGUGAUGAUAGCGGUCUAGUACCAGAGAGGGGAGGGAGAAUCUGCCGCAGACACGAGGUCGAACACUUUCACCUUCCAAACACUCGAGCCGUUUACUGAUCACCUGGCGGAGAGUGGUUUGCCAUUUAGAGCUGAUGGGUUCAUUAACAAUGGAAGAGGUCAGUUCUUGAAAGAAUUUUACAUAUGUCUGAAACACGAGUGGGGUCUUAUGUGUUGUGUGAUAGGUGUACAAACAGCAGCAGCUUUAAGAGGGAACACCAUCAGCGCAGCAUCAAAUCUCAAACUGCUGAGGCCACCAGUAAAGCUGUGAGGAACGAUGAAUUUCUGCAUUCAGUUUAAGAACUGAGCCACGUGUCCACGACUGAUUUGCUGUUCCACACUGAGUAAGUGUGUUACAAAGCGUUACCUUCCCCCCUAUUAAAAGUCAGAGGAAACCCUUCCUUCUUUUUUUAGGAUCUCUGACCCCACAGUCAGACUCUGAUAUCAUUGCUGUCACUACAUGGACCUGUAUCCAUCGAGGAUGGAGUGUGGGAGAGUUGGCGGCUUACUGUUGAAAAAAACUUUGUGAAUCAGAGCAGGAAUCUGGGACAUCAGUGCCACGGCUGAUCAGUGGAUUUGUUUUUUUAAACAAACACUGACCAAUUUACUAAAAAUUCCAACUGAGCCCAGUUCACAGGCCGCUCUAACUCGUCUCAGCAUGCGACACACUUCAUCCAGUCUCGCCAACUCUCAACAUCAGAGCAACAUCAAAGCUAGUGGUUGUAGAUGGAGGGGGAGAUGUGUUUUGAAAAAUCCUCAUUUCCUUACAAACAUAAAAAACAAGCUAAAAGUCUUCCUUUAAAGUAAAGCUGAACCAGACUCCUCUGAGUCAUAUAAAAAGUGAUGGGUGUUGAAAGUGCUAUGGCCGAAGCUACAAAGCGAUAUUUUAUGAACUCUGGUUUCUAAUGAUUUUUGGCGUUAAGCGUGCACAUGCAGCUAGAACUCCUCAGUCGCUCGCAGACCUGGGUCAAAUCAAAGCUGAAAUCCUUCCAAAUACUUGGGGAGCGUUUGCUUGAGCCUGUCGAGGGUGCCAGCUGGGUGGGAUUUGUACUCAUUUCGCUUCAGCCGUGCCAGACAGGCUCAAUCGAUCACAGAGCAGUAUUUUUCAUAAGAGUUCUGAGUGCCACUUUGACUCAGGACUGGUGAAGCGGACAGAGGAGGACUACAGCUUGCAGGCCAGCGCCAUCCUUUUAUACUUUCUGCCAUAAAGCGCCUAGUAGCGGUUUAAUGGAUGUGCAACAGUAAAGCAUAUGGACUUCAGAGCAGCGGAAAAACAGGUAAUUUGUUGUAUAUCUGAAAAUGGAAAAAAAAAAAAGGAGACAUUUAUUUCUAGCACAAAGUGUUGAAACACAGC